AUGGCAGCAACCAAGGCUGCGUUGAAGACCAUCAAAGCUUCUAUUGACAGUGGCGACUUUGCAAAAGCAAGUGUGCAAGCUAAUGAUCUCGUGAAGCAAGAUGGUCAAAAUUAUAAUGCUUUCAUGUUUCUGGGCUUCGCUGAGGAAAAAUUGAAGCACUUGGACAACGCAGAGAAGGCUCUCCAGAAAGCCGUUGAGCUGAAACCACAGGAUGUUCAGCCAUACAAGGGCCUUAUCAGGCUCUAUGAACAGCAAGGUUCCGACAAGGUUGACUCCUAUCAUGCCGCCGCGGCUGGCUUGGCUUCAAUCUAUGCACAGCAAGACGAUCGAGAACAGUGUCAGAAUGUGAUAAACCAAUACGAGACAUUUGCCAAGAAGAACGGUUCCCCGUCCCAAUAUCGGAACGCCCUCGAACUAAUGCUUCCAUCGUCUUCGCUAUACGGAGUACUAGAAGGGCGCGUUCCACAUCCGUCUCAUCUCUACCAACGCAUACUCGAAUCCAUUCAAGCUGAGGAGAACCGUUGGAUGGAUACACAAAUUGCCGAAAGAAGAACACGUCUAGGCGCAAGACUUGAUCGGGUCACAGCAGAGGUCAGAAAUGAGGCUAUUGAGAAGUUUCAAGUCGAGAGUUGUUACCAGAACUUGAUAGAUUGGACUCAGGAUGACGACGUACGGCAUGCUCUCGAUCAAGAACUUCUGCAACGUAUGCUUGACAACCUGCUCAUAAUGCCCGAAAAUCGCAAGCCACCACAAAGAGAUCGAGUACUUGAGAAGGCCAACGGAAUGGUAGUUAUCAAACAGCCAUUUGCUCUGGCUUGGGACAUAGCGCUUGAAUGGGUUGAUUCGGAGAAUCUCAUUGAUUGGGAGCCUAAUAUACUGCAUCAGUAUAUCGAAUUCUUCCCUGAAGCAGGUUUGGCUAGAGUACUAAAAGGUUUUCUGUAUGGUAAUACAUCACCACAUCCGUUGCCGAAGUCAGCAAAUCCCGAUGAGCCCAUCGAGAAGCUAUCUGAAACAGAUCAACUAAUCAUCAUGAGCGAAGGGUUGGAAGAAUGUAAGGACUCUAUGCUUGCUCAUCGGAUCAUGGCACAUACAUAUCUCGCCCUCGACGAACAUGAAAGAGCCGCUGAGAUGGCCAGGAAAUCGGUCAGCCUAUAUCGCAAAGCUGAAAUCAACUAUGCUAUGCCACUACAAGAUAGCUUGGACGCCGUCAAUCUGACCUUAGGUCGCUCGCUUGUCGUGUCUCAGUCGCCUAGACACCAUCCAGAAGCUCGGGCAAUAUUCGAGAACAUCUUAUCCAGGAAACCUCAAGCAACUGACGCACUUAUUGGCAUCGGCUUGAUCUACGAGGAGGACGAAGACUAUCCUGAGGCAGUCAAGUUCCUAGCUCGAGCUCUAGAACGCGACGCUGACAACCUAAGAAUCCGUCUGGAAUACGCCUGGUGUAGAGCAUUAGAUGGAGACCUCCAAGGUGGACUCAAUGAGUUGGACGAUAUUCUGCAUCAACUCAACGAAGACAAAGAGGCAGAUUCCAGCAUGAAAUCUGAAGCGCUAUAUCGUAUUGCCUACUGUAAGUGGCAUAUCGACCCGUCUCCAAAAGCGCGAAAGGAUAAGUCAGGAUCGUACCGAUACUUGAUCGACGCCCUGAAAGUCAAUCCUAGCUAUCCACCCGCAUACACCCUGCUUGGUUUCUAUUUCCAACACUACACAAAGAACAAGGCACGAGCUCGGGUGGCCUUCCAAAAAGCUUUCGAGUUGUCGACGUCUGAAUUGGCUGCCGCCGAACAGCUUGCACAAAAUUUCGCUGUCGAUCAGGAAUGGGAUCUAGUCGAACUCGUGGCGCAGCGAGUGGUGGAAUCGGGUAAAGCGAGACCAGCUCCAGGAUCCAAAAAGAAAGCCUACAGUUGGCCAUUUGCGGCCCUAGGCAUGGUACAGAUGGAUAGAGCACAAUACUCUUCCAGUAUUGUGUCGUUCCAGCAUGCGCUCCGUAUCUCGCCUGACAAUUACCAUUGUUGGGUCGGACUUGGUGAAAGCUACCACAAUUCAGGAAGGUAUAUCGCAGCGUCAAGAGCUUUCUACAAGGCAGAGAGUAUUGACCAUCAGCUGCUACAAGAUGAGACCUGGUUCGCCCGAUAUAUGUUGGCUAACGUUCAACGUGAGCUUGGUGCGUACGAAGAUGCUGUCGAAGCAUAUGAAGGGGUUUUGUCGAUCAGGCCGGGUGAACCUGGCUUACUGAUGUCCCUUUUACAGACUCUAGUAGAGUUCGGGUGGGCUCGAGUUCACCAAGGUCACUUUGGUCAUGCAGCGGAACUAGCUGCAAAAGCUAUCGAUACUGCCAAGGCCAUCGCCGAGACAAAGACUGACAUCUUCAACCUCUGGAAAGCUGUAGGCGAUGCUUGCUCUGUUCUUGAUGCUGUGAAAGUCCAUGCACAGAGAGCCACGAUCGAUGUCGUGAGCACUCUCCUUCAAGUAAGUGCAUCUGAAGAAGCCUUCGGAUUACUGCAAGAUGUCGAUGGGAUCACGAAGGAAGACCUUUCCUCAACAGAAGAAAACCACAUUCCACUUAAAAGACAAUUUGUCCGAGCCGCAAUCCUAGCCUACAAACGUGCCGUUGCGUUAUCAUCCAGCGACGUCCACGCACAAGCCGUAUCCUACUACAACCUAGGCUGGGCCGAAUACAACGCCUACCUCGCCGAAGUCUCCACGACCUCAACCAAACCCAAACACCACCGCCAUCUCCUCAAAGCAGCAAUCCGCUGUUUUAAAACCGCAAUUGAACUCGAAGCCAGCAAUUCCGAGUUCUGGGACGCCCUGGGCGUGGCAGCAAUGAAUCUCAGCCCCAAAGUCUCGCAGCACUCUUUCAUCCGGAGCUUACAUCUCAACGAUCGUAGCGCGAGAGCAUGGACGAAUCUCGGCUCGUUGUAUCUGUUGAACUCGGAGCACGAACUGGCGAACCAGGCUUUUACACGAGCACAAUCUAUUGAUCCUGAGUAUGCGGCUGCUUGGGUCGGUCAGGGAUUAAUAGCAAUGCUGUACGGCAGAGUCAAAGAGGCAACGAGCCUGUUCGUGCACGCGUUUGAGAUUGCGGACUCGAGUUCGCUGCCGGCGAAGCGGUACUAUGCAUUGUCGGCCUUUGACCAUUUGCUUCGUGAUCCUAAUGCUAGUGGUCAAUUAACUUCACUGCUUCAACCACUCUUUGCGCUACGACAAUUACAGGCUCAGUCACCGACUGAUCAGGUCACGAUGCAUCUUCUGUCACUGUUUGCAGAACGUGCUGGAGAGCACAUGACGGCUGAGAAGAAUCUCGAUGCUGUUUGUAAGACUGCUGAAGCACGCUACGAAGAGUCUGAAUCGAAUGACUCACUAGCGAAAUUCGCACAAGCCAAGGCCGAUCUGUCACGUCAACUACUGGCUCAGAGCAAACACGAGGAAGCCAUCGAGUCUGCACAGUUCGUGCUGGAUAUUAGCGAGGAUGAUGUCCCGGGCUAUGACGAGCAAAGAAAGAGGUGGAGACUAAGUGCUCAGCUCACGCUUGGUCUUGCUAGCAGCUUCUUGAAACAGAUGUCGCAAGCUAUAGAACACUUGGGCGCAGCAGCAGAAACUUCAAAGUCCCUGGGGAACGAUGGCGAGGUAGAUCCCAACGUGACACUUCUACUAGCUCAAAUCCUCUGGGCGACCGCUGGCACGAAGGAGUGCGAAGUGGCACGCACACAACUUUACAAGUGCAUCGAAGCACAUCCCAGCCACGCAGAUGCAGUCGUGCUACUAGCUACUAUCUCCCUCUUGGACGACGACACAGAAGGGCUCGAAGUCGCCGAAGACGAUCUAAAGAGUCUCCGAGCAAAUAGCCAAGUGGCAGUCCCUGACAAGCUGAAAAUAGCCAAAGUGUUGACCGCGAUCCUACGACACAAAGCAGCCACUGGUGCAAGUGCAGAGAAGACCAGGUCUGAUGUGCUAGGUGGCAUUAUGCUCUUUCCGGAUCAGCCGCAGGGUUGGCUGGAAUUAGCUCAGCUUGUUGGCGAUGUGGAUGGAUAUCCCUUUGCGGCGGAAAUGGCUGUGAAGACUGCGUUGAAGCAGGUUCCUCCAGGUGGACAACUUGGUGCAGAAGAGUUGGCUAAGACGUACUCCAUUACAGGACAAAGACAAAAUCAUGCUCAGGCGUCUAUGCUUGCGCCUUGGCUCAGAGACUGA